CCCGCUGCUGUCCUGUCCUCUUCUGCACUAUCACUUUUAUUCUCACUCGUCUCUGUCUGGGAUUCUCACGCGUCUCCAUCUCUCCYUCUGUGAUUCUCACGCGUCUCCAUCUCUCCAUCUGUGAUUCUCACACGUCUUCACCUCUCUGUCUGUGACUCUCCCUCCACCUCUCCGUCUCUCCUUCCACCAUGAGCCUGAGGUCCAAGCGUAUCAGCAGCUCCCGUGGUUCUGUGCGGAGACACAGCGGGGGCUUCAGUGGCAUGUCCCUGGGUAGCAGCUCUCUGUACGCGGGGGGCUCAAACGGCCACCACAGCAGUCCUUUCCACUCAGUCUCUGUCAACAGGAGCCUGCUGGCCCCCCUUAACCUGGAGAUCGACCCCAACCUACAGGUGACACGUAUCCAUGAGAAAGAGCAGAUCAAGGGCCUCAACAACCGAUUCGCAUCCUUCAUCGAUAAGGUGUGUUUUCUGGAGCAGCAGAAUAAGGUGUUGGAAACUAAGUUUGACCUGCUGCACGGUAAGCAGACGGGCCGCUCCAACAUCGAGCCGCUGUUCGAGGUCUACAUGGCCAACCUCCGCCGCCAGAUGGACGUGGUCAACAACGACAAGACCAAGCUGGACGGAGAGCUGAGGAACAUGCAGGGGCUGGUGGAGGACUUCAAACACAAAUACGAAGAUGAGAUCAACAAGAGAAACAAUCUGGAGAAUGAAUUUGUGAUCCUGAAAAAGGAUGUGGACUCAGCAUACCUGGUGAAGGCAGACCUGGAAAACAAGGGGGGAGCUCUGACUGAUGAGAUAAACUUCCUCAGGUCCAUCUAUGAGGAGGAGCUGUGUGAGCUGCAGGCCAGCAUCAGGGACACCUCUGUGGUGGUGCAGAUGGACAACAGUCGAGACCUCAACAUGGACCAMAUAGUGGCUGACGUCAAGGCUCAGUACGAAGACAUUGCUACCAAAAGCCGAGAGGAGGCUGAGACGUGGUACAAAUCCAAGUUUAACCAGAUGGCCAUCCAGGCCACGCAGUACGGAGACGAGCUGAGGAACACCAAGGGAGAGAUAGCAGAAAUCAACCGCUUGAUCGGCCGUCUGCAGAGUGAGAUAGAAGCUGUCAAACAACAGCGAGCCAACCUGGAGGACCAGAUAGCCGAGGCUGAGGGCCGCGGGGAGCUGGCUGUGAAGGAGGCUAAGGCCAGGAUCAGAGAUCUGGAGGAUGCUCUGCAGAGGGCCAAGCAGGACAUGGCCAGACAGCUCAGAGAGUACCAGGACCUGAUGAAUGUCAAGCUGGCCCUGGACAUAGAGAUAGCCACCUACAGAAAAUUACUGGAGGGAGAGGAGGACAGGAUUGGACAUCAAUCUAUUCUCAACAUCCAGUCAGUGUCCAACUACAGUUCUAAGAGUUCCAGUAAUGGGUUCCACAGCAGCUCCAGCUCCCCUACACCCAAGCUGCUGAUUAAAACAACUGAACAAAGAGACAGCUCCAGAUUCAGCUCUCAUUAAAAAAA